AUGGAGCACGAGAUAUCCGAGUUGCGUCGACGUCUGGCAGAGGCCGAAGAACGCGAAAUCGAGGCCAGACGACAACUAAGCGAAGAAAGGCUCCAGAGUCGACAGACCCAACAGCAAAUUCAAGAAACCACACUUCCCGAAUUUAUCGAUGCUUGCCACGUUCACUUAUUUCUUGGCCUAGCUAUACAACCAAAUCCAGAUUCAUCGACCAAAGGCGACCCGGCAAAUGCAGACAAUAAGCUUCGCCCGGCUAAGAUCCGGGAGUGGAUGGGGUUCCCGCAGGAGCAGACAGCUAUAUGGGCGGAUCUCAUGAGCAUCGAUUUUGUCACCCAGCGCCACUUUUUGCCGUUGAUCGUGCUGCAGCGAUACGGGAAGAUGAACAACGGCGUCGCUCAGGACGAUUGGCCUCGAAACAGUCCCAUAAGUCUCGACUUCCACUUCCGGCUCAGUCAGUUGCGAAACACCAAAAGCCUGUGCCGAGCGGAUCAGUUUUGUGUGAAUAACAAGGGCCCCGAGGAAAAGGUUCCUGCCUUCAUUGUCGAAUACAAAGCGCCACAUAAGCUCACGCUCGCGCAUAUCAAAGCUGGGCUUUUCGACAUGGAGCUCGACCAGGUGGUACGUUAUCAGGAGGCCGAGAAGCCAGAAGAUACUUGUCGGCGCGUUGUGGCUGCAGUUAUCACACAGGCGUUUGCCUACAUGAUCAAUGGAGGGCUGGAGUACGGGUAUGUGUGUACCGGCGAAGCAUUCAUAUUUCUUCCUGUUCCACACGAUGAUCCUUCCACUGUAUACUAUUAUCUAUCGGUGCCGAGAGAAGACGUUGGUGAUACAACUGGAUGGACCGGUAACCCAAAUGACGACAACAAAUUACACUUGACAGCACUUGGCCAGGUGUUGGCCUUCACUCUCCGAGCUUUGCAAACACCGCAGCGAGGUAUUCAGUGGAGCAACUCGGCAGUGAACAAACUGGACACAUGGGAAAUGAUAUAUGACGAUCUUGUGGGCGAAAUAUCGGAGCUGGAUGUGCCCUCUUCAGCAUUCAAGUCCCCACAGAGCAGAAACAAAUACUGUCGCCUGUCUCCUGUCAAGACACUAUCAAAGUCUACUGUUGCAAGUUUCGCAUCCUGCACUCCGUUGGGGGCUCUGAGUUCAUCCGAGUCUGAUGAUUCCCCCAACGGAUCCGAUUCAAAUACUCCCAGUCGAAGGCCCCACGAUUCCCGCUUCACCGAUUUUUCAACCUUACCACUAUCAUCAGCUGCAACAAUGUCACGAGAAGGCUCUUCCUCAAAGGGCACGCCAGUAUUCCAGGCGUCAGUCAUUCGUCUCUUGGAUCGGCAACUCUCCGGGUAUGACCCGCGGCCUGACUUGGAGUUAGGAUGCGAGUCCUUGCCUAUUCAUGGCACAUGCGGAGCCCUUUUUAAAGUGACUUUGUUGUCUCACGGGUAUACUUUCGUUGGCAAAGGCGCGCCUAUCGAGUUUGUUGAACACGCCCAACAUGAGGAGUGCGUAUAUUCGCGCCUUCGUCCAAUACAAGGGGUGCACGUGCCAGUUCUACCGGGUGGCUUACCUCUCCGUCAACCAUUCUCUUACGACGGCAUCGCGGAGAUUGUGCAUUUGAUGUUGAUGGGGUAUGCGGGAAGGACGCUGGCUAAGCGACACGAAAUUGAACAAAAUUGGUUAAUUCGACAAGCCGAAGUCUCGUUACAUGCUAUUCAUGGAUUAGGCGUGCUCCACAAUGAUCCAAUUCCCGGGAACAUGGUCUGGAAUGAGGACAGCGGUCGGGUAAUGUACAUUUAUUUUGAGCGAGCACAGUUCCAAGAAAGACGUCCUCCGCUGGAAUCUAUGUCGCCAAAUCAAAAACGGAGCAAGCGACCGAGGCAUGGGGAAAGACCCCUAACAAGCGCUCUACUUGCUUUGAGCGUGAAACUCGGCGCAUGA